AUGGCGUCUCUAGCAACGGCAUGCCGUGCCUCUAUGCGUGCGGCUCGUAGCCGCGCCUCUGCUCGUGGCUUCUCGACCUCUGCACGAUGCCUCGCCGCCCAGAACUUCAUUAUGCCCGCCCUUUCUCCGACCAUGACCGAGGGCAACAUCGCCAGCUGGCGCGUCAAGGAGGGCGAGAGCUUCAGCGCCGGCGACGUGCUGCUGGAGAUCGAGACGGACAAGGCGACGAUGGACGUCGAGGCGCAGGAGGACGGCAUCAUGAUGAAGAUCAUGUCCCAGGACGGCAGCAAGGCCGUGCCCGUCGGCACCCGCAUCGCGGUCCUGGCCGAGGCCGGCGACGACAUCGCCGCGCUCGAGAUCCCCGCCGACGAACAGCCCAAGCAGGCCGCGGCCGCCACCUCCGAGCCGGCCUCGUCGGAGACGAAGAGCGAGUCUAAGCCUGAUAGCAGCAGCAGCAGCAGCCAGCAGCAAAAGCCUGCCCAGGGCGGCCAGUCGUACGAGCACAAGCACCCCCUCAUGCCCUCGGUCGAGCACCUCGUCAAGGCCCACGGCAUCAGCGAGGCCGACGUCAGCAAAAUCAAGCCGACGGGCCCCAACGGCCGGCUGCUCAAGGGCGACGUGCUGGCGUUCCUCGGCAGCAUCAGCGCCGAGACGCCCGCCGCCGUCUCCUCCCGCUUCGACCACCUCGCCCACCUGGACCUCAGCAACAUCAAGGUCGCGGAGAAGAAGAAGGAGGCAGCCGCAGCCGCCGCCGUCCCGGCACCCCCCGUGGAAGAGGAGGAGCUGCCCCUCGAGGUCAACGUGCCCGUCUCGCUGGCCAAGGUGACGCAGGUGCAGCGGAAGAUCCAGGACACGCUGGGCGUCUUCCUGCCGCUGUCGACGUUCAUCAGCCGCGCCGCCGAGGUGGCCAACGACGAGCUGCCCCCGGCGCGCCGCGAGCCGACGGCGGGCGAGCUGUUCGACGCCGUUCUCGGCCUCGACAAGGUCAAGGGGGCGCGCAGCUCUCGCGGCAUCUACCUGCCGCAGGUGUCGGCAAUUCCCGCGGGCGCCACGUACAAGCCCAAGGGCGGCGCGGCGGAGCUGCACGUCAAGCACGAUAUCAUCGAUGAGCUCGCCGGCCGGCCGGCCCAGGCGCCACGGACGCCCAGCAUGGUGACGAUCGACACGGUGCCUGGCCUCUCGUCGGGUGGCAACGUGUUCACCCUGACCGUACCCAAGACGGAGGAGGAAAGGGCGUACGUCUUCCUGCAGCGCUGCAAGUUUAUCCUGGAGGACGAGCCGGGCAGGCUGGUGCUGUAG